GUGUAGAUUGUGAAAGCGGUUUAUUAAAUUAUUAUGGUAGAAAAUGAUAAAAACAUUUUCAUUAAAUUCUCUAAUUUACAUUUUCAGUAUAAACAAAGGGCUAGUAUCUAUAACAACAUCAAGACUGCUCAACGCCUCUCAAAUAAAAAUGUCAACUUCUGCGGAGUUUGUGGAAGGUGUUGUUUGCAAGGUGUCCGAUAUACAAGAAAAUGAACUUAAAACAUUUCUAUUAGGGAACGGAGAAGUCCUUCUUGUGAAGCAAAAUAAUGUUAUUAGCGCAUUAGGUUCAAAAUGUACACAUUAUGGAGCUCCUCUUGCAAAGGGGGCCCUUGGUAAUGGAAGAAUUAGAUGCCCUUGGCAUGGAGCGUGUUUUAAAAUAUCCACUGGAGACAUUGAAGAAUUUCCAGGUUUAGAUUCACUUCCCUGUUAUCAAGUUACUAUUGAAGGUAAAAAUGUGAAGGUUAGAGCUAAAAAGAGCGAUUUGAUUUCCAAUAAACGCAUUAAACCUAUGGGAGGAAAACUUGGGACAACAGAAGAUUCUAUUGUUAUUAUUGGAGGAGGACCAGCAGCUGAAACUUGUGCUGAAACUCUCAGACAAGAAAAAUUUGGCGGAUCCAUUAUUAUGAUCUGCAAAGAGAAUUUCGUACCUUAUGAUAGAGUUAGAUUAAGCAAAGAUAUGGCAUUAGACAUAAAAACUGCGGUGUUCCGGAAUGAGGACUUUUAUCAAACAUAUAACAUAAAUGUAUUAAAAGGCAUAGAUGCUACAAAGGUGGACACUGAGAAGAAAAUAGUGAGUUUGCGGAACAACACAAAAGUUCCUUACACUAAAUUGUUCAUCCGCAACUGGAAAUAGAGCAAGAAGACCUUGUACUCCUGGAAGUUUUUUGAAGAAUGUGAUAGUGUUGAGAACAUACGAAGACGCCAAAGAUGCAAAUGCAAUGCUUUCAAAGGAUAAAGAAGUGGUUAUUAUCGGAGGUAGCUUCAUAGCAAUGGAAGUAGCUGAAUAUUGUAGGGAUAAAGCGAAAAAAGUAUCUGUAGUGAUGCGUGAUGAUGUACCUUUCAAGACAGUUUUAGGUCCAAUGGUAGGAGAAGCGGUAAUGAAGCUCUUUAAAAAGAAUGGUAUUAAUUUUAUCCCGAAAAUGACAGUAGAUGUGAUCAAUGGUACCGAGAAAGUGGAGAGUGUAAAAUUGCAUAACGGUGAAGUAUAUAAAUAUUUUAUAAUGAUAAUCAAUUUUAUUUAAAUUGAUACAAAUAUAUUAUCUUUAACAAAAUUUUGUAGGUACUAUACUGCCAGCGGACAUCGUAAUAUUAGGAACAGGCAGUAACACCAAUACAGAUUUUUUGAAAAGUUCAAGCAUCCAAUUAAAGGAAAAUGGAACAAUUGAAACUAACGAGUAUCUAGAGAGUUCCGUUUCUGAUGUAUAUGUUGGAGGUGAUAUAGCUCUGGCUCCUGUGUGGUGUAGGUAUAAUAUCAAGGCUGCUAUUGGUCACUUUGGAUUAGCGGAAUAUCACGGCAGGAUAGCCGCUUUAAACAUGAUUGGUAAAAAGACCGAGUUGAAGACGGUACCGUAUUUUUGGACAAAAUUGGGACCCCUUAGCAUACGAUAUUGCGGCUUUGGAGUUUAUGAUGACAUAAUAUAUACUGGAGAUGUAGAAAAUUUAAAAUUUGUUGCAUUCUAUUUGGAGAAUGACGAGGUUAUAGCUGUAAGUUCUUGUGGCAUGGAUCCAUAUGUUUCUAAAUUUGCCGAAUUAACAGCUCAAGGAAGAAAACUUAAAAGGGAAGAUCUCAGUUUUGAUAUCUUUGGAUGGGCAAAAUAGAUAAUACAAUUAAUACAUAAUUUAGAUUGUUAGUAAAAGUAUAAUAAAAUAUAAUAUUCUGU